AUGCUCCUGGACGUGCAGUCACUGAACACGCCACUUACAAUCCAGGGAGAGGCACUGGAAGUUGUGGAGCAUUUUACGUAUCUUGGAAGUUGUAUUAGUUCUGAUUGUAGUGUGACAGAUGAGGUGAAUGCACGAAUCUGCAAGGCUCGAGCCGCGUUUGCUAACUUGAGACACCUAUGGCGUCAGAAUGGUUUAUCCCUGAAUCUGAAGGGAUGCUUGGGUGACUUGGCGGUAUCCCAGACAUUGUACUUUCUUCUUGUAGCAUGGCAGCUAGGUACCGAAAGAGUGCUACAAAUCUGGCAGUGUUCCGAGCCGUUGGCGAGCGUCCGGGGUUCAAAUCCCGACACGGCCAUUGGAUAUGCACUGAUGAUGAGCUCUAAUAAGAGCAAAACUCGAGUCCAGUGCUUCCCUUUGAGGAGCUACAAAAGGCAGCUAUCGGCGGUUUUACCAACGUGGGGGGGACCACCUCCUUCAAAGGUAGAAGGCCCACGCAAACCAGGCUCUCACAAGGCGAAAAAACGUACAAAUGAAUGGCAGCUCUUGGAACCACCAGAACAGGAUGCAGACAAAAGCAGCGAAGAUAGUGUUAAAAUUCUUGUCCACAAACCUCCUCAGCCUUUUCAACAAACCACGAUAUUAACCAGUCGGCUUGCUUUGAACACCAUCUCCUAA